AUUGAUGAAUAUUACAUGCAGCAGCUUAAGGAUGGAAAUAUCCUGGUCUCAGUUACAAAGGAAGGUUUGGAGCUGCCUGAGGAUGAAGAGGAGAAGAAGAAAAUGGAAGAGAACAAGGCCAAAUUUGAGAACCUGUGCAAACUUAUGAAGAAAAUCUUGCAUAAGAAGGUUGAGAAGGUAACAAUAUCCAAUAGGCUUGUGUCUUCGCCCUGCUGCAUUGUGACUAGCACCUAUGGCUGGACAGCCAACAUGGAGAGAAUCAUGAAAGCCUAGGCUCUUCGGGACAACUCUACAAUGGGCAACAUGAUGGCUAAAAAGCAUCUGGAGAUCAAUCCUGACCACCCCAUUGUGGAGACACUGAGACAGAAGGCAGAGGCAGACAAGAAUGACAAGGCUGUUAAGGACCUGUUGUUUGAAACUGCCCUGCUCUUCUCUGGCUUCUUACUUGAGGACCCUCAGAGCCAAUCUAACCGCAUCUACUGCAUGAUAAAGCUAGGGCUGGGCAUUGAUGAAGAUGAAAUGACAGCUGAGGAGCCCAAUGCUGCUGUUCCUGAUGAGAUAUCCCUUUUUGAGGGUGAUGAAGAUGCAUCUCGCAUGAAAGAAGUAGAUUAGAAGUUUCUACCUACAGAUAGUGCUGCCCUCUGUAUAGUGUCGCAAUCUCUUCCCCUAGCAGUCCUGAGUGGUUCUUAGCCACUGGCUCUAGAGGGUUUUUUCCCACUCCUGUCCUUUCAUAAGCCAGGAUAGGGAGAGGUCUCAAGCUUCCUCCCCUCCCAAAUUUAACAACAGGUUUGAAUGUUGUGUAUUGUGUUUUUGUUUAUUUU